GUAGGUUUAAGUACACCUGAACUCGAAUUGCCUCAGUAGUAAUAAAACGACUCCAGACGAGAUAAUAAUGACAACUUCACUGAUUUUCGCGCUGCUGUUUGUCACGGUGUCGUGUCUACCUGUCCCAGUCUUGCCGUAUUCUAUACCUCCAGAAGACGUGGAUGGAUCAGGAAAUGAUCUAGAAAGUUCUUCUUCUGGAGAAUUGGGGGAAGGGUCCGAAGACGGACAAAGUUCCAAUUACUACGUCACAAUUUCAAAACCCCACGGCAUCGACAGAGAAGACAAAGGCUUCCCAAUCAUAACCCGAAAUGAAAUACCAGAUGACACACACCAGACCUCUAACUUUUGGCCAGAGCUGGGAGACUACCCUGAAUCCAUCACUGGCAAUGUGGCAAAUAGCAGGAGUUUUCUAGUGAACAAAGAAGCUCUUGCAGCUAUCAUUGCAGGUGGUGUGGUGGGACUAGCAUUGGCUGCUAGCUUGCUAACACUGCUCAUCUAUAGCAUGAAGAAGAAAGACUGGGGAGACACUUCAAAGGGAGGAUAUUUGAAAGGCAAUACCAAGGAGUUUAUGGUGUAACUUUCCUAUGAAUGAAUGAAUGACUGCAAAUCGCUUUGGAUAUAAGUGUUGGCCAGAUGGGACGUGCUGUUAGUUUAAAACCAGGCGGAUUGAACCCUGAAUGUUGAUUGCAAGCUGUUGUAUACAAGACUAUAUCACGGGUGAUAAUAAAACAUGUAUUUUUACUGUUCAAAUGGCAAUAUGUUGUUCCACACUUUCCUGUCAAAUAAAGCAUAAAAUUGCCUGAAAAAUAUGUAUUUAAAAAAUACAUAUAUACCGUCACACUUUAUUUGCAUAGUCACAAUUACAAUCUGUUGAUGCUCUAGAGAUAUUUAUACUAUCCACAACAUAUAUGAAAAACUAAAUAAAUGCUUGUUAGGCUAGGGUUAGAUCAAGAAAGAGAGUUAGGGAAAGAAUUAAGGUUAUUGUAAGAAGAUAGUUAAUUGAAAUGUUAUAGAUGAUGUAGGUCAGUGGUUCCCAACCAGGGGUACUAGGACCCCUGGGGGUACUUGGCCUUUCC